AUGGACGACAGUUAUGGCUUCAUGCUAGACCCAAGCUGGCAUGCAAACGCCUGCCUUGAUUCCAACUUUCUCGACAACGUGGAAGGGAUACAAGACUCAAGGAGCCAUUCCGGCGCCCUUCCAGGGUCAAACGUGGACUUCAACUACGGAGCCUUUAUCACCGAGCUUAACAACUGCGAGAAAGAGGAUUUGAGAAGGAUAUCUCCUACAAACUGGAUCCUGGCUCAGCCGGUCGCCAGGACUCCAAAGACUGCCAACAGUUUAAAGGGUUAA